AUGUCUGUCGAAAUCGACCCCCAGGAGCUUGGCUUCCACCGGCCUUUCACCGUUGAGGUCAAGGAAGCCCUCAGUAUCAAGAAUCCAAACUCCCAUCCCAUUGCCUUCAAGGUCAAAACUACCGCUCCUAAGCAAUAUUGUGUUCGCCCCAACUCUGGCCGAGUCGAGCCAGGCAAGGAGGUUGAAGUUGCCGUCAUUCUCCAGGCUAUGAAGCACGAGCCUCCGCCGGACACCAAGUGCCGCGACAAAUUCCUGGUCCAGUCCGUUGAAAUUACCGGUGACAAGGAGUUCGCCAACUUAUCCGCGAUUUGGGACUCCGUCCCUAAAUCUUCGGUUGUCGAGAGGAAGAUCAGAGUCUCAUUCAUCAACGCUCCCAGCAACGCGGCUCAACUUUCGACGCCAAGCAAGCCCACCACCUCGAGCGGUGCUGACGCGACUCCUGCCGAUGCUCCACCGCCUGCCUACUCAUCGCCAAACGACCAAUCCACUUCGGCCGACUAUAAGGACGAGGACGAGGUUCGGUCGCCAUCAGCAGGUCUUUCGACUACUGCUGCUUCAUCAUCAGGUCGCGAGCUGAGCUACGCAGAGCUUAAGCAGCAGCUUGACCAGGCCGAGCAGCUUGUAUCACGGCUCAAGGCCGAUCAGGGCGGCCUGAGGCAGCGCAAGACCGGUGCCGAGGAGAAGUCGGUCUCGAAGCCUGCGGAGCUGGCGCAACAGGUUCGGGGCACUGAGGGUGUCCCCAUUCAAAUCACCGCUGCCCUGUGCUUGCUGAGCUUCCUGCUGGCAUACUUCUUCUUCUAG